GGUUUUCGUUUUGUCAUUAACUAUAUUUACUCUAUUACAUUUAUUUUUCUACAUGGCAUGUAGCAACAUCAGCAACAAGAAAAUGCGGCAACAGCUACGCUAACGCUAGCUAACCAAUCAACCACCGAAAACGUUGCCGCAACGGCCCAGGACUAUCUUGGACGCUCUUAAUAUAAUUUCUACAUAAAUAAAAUUACAAGUAAUUAUGUCUAUGUCCCAUUUGUAUGGGCGUAGAGAAGUCGACGAGGAGGAGGAUGGGGUUGAGAUUGAGAAAUUUGAGGUGUCUGAAUGGGACUUGGCCAAUGAGUUUAAUCCCGAUAGGCGUCGACACAGGCAGACCAAAGAGGAGGCUACAUACGGCAUAUGGGCUGAACAUGAUUCUGAUGACGAGAGACCUAGUUUUGGAGGCAAAAGAGCGAAAGACUACAGUGCCCCUGUGAGCUUUGUGAGUGCUGGCCUGCGGAAGACUGCAGCUGAGGAGCAGGAACAGGAAGGCUCAGAUGACUCUGAUGAAGACGGAGAAGUGGCUCCGCCACCCCGAACUGCUGCACCCAAAAGGCUGCAGACGGGGGGGAAUUUUAAGACUUCCCAGAAGACAUUUGCAGGUGGUAUCCGGCCGGGGCAAGACAUCGGUACCUGGGAGAAACACACUCGAGGCAUCGGCCAGAAGCUCCUGCAGAAAAUGGGUUACAUCCCAGGCAAAGGCCUCGGCAAAAAUGCACAGGGUAUUGUAACUCCAAUUGAGGCCAAGGUGCGUAAAGGCAAGGGAGCUGUGGGAGCCUAUGGAAAUGAGAGGACUCCGCAGUCCCUGCAGGACUUCCCUGUGGUCGACUCAGAGGAGGAGGAAGACAAGGAGUUUCAACGGGAAUUAGGGCAGUGGCGCAGAGAACCUGGAGCAGGGAAGAAAAAACCCAAAUACUCCUACAAAACAGUGGAGGACCUGAAGGCUCAUGGAAAACUCACUAACAAGAGCAUGAGCAAACCAGCUGGAGAGCUUGCCCAGGUCAAGGUGAUAGAUAUGACAGGCAGGGAGCAGAAGGUAUACUACAGCUACAGUCAGAUGAGUCAGAGGCACAGUGUUCCUGAGGAGGCUCCUUUAAGUGCCAGUACACGAGAGCAGAAGAGCACUGGUUUUGCUCUGCCUGAACUUGAACACAACCUCAAAUUACUCAUCGAGCUUACCGAGCAGGAUAUUUUACAGAGUGCUCGGCGUCUGCAGCACGAACAUGACACUGUGGUGACUCUGACACACGAGAGCACCGCCCUGCAGGCUAGGCUGGGUGAGGAGACCGAGGCCGUGGAACGGCUGGAGCAGGUGUUGGAGCUGGUGGAGAGGCUGGAGGCAGCCGGAGAGGGAGGCGGUCUGCUGCUCAGCCUCAACGAGUGCACCGACAUCUUCCACCGACUGCAAACACACUACUACCAGGAGUACAAGAGCAUGGGGCUAGCUGAUCUGGCUGUGUCCACAGUUCACCCACUUCUGACUGAGAAACUCAGAAACUGGGAUCCCCUAAAGGAUUGUUCGUAUGGUUUAGAGGAAGUUGGUCAGUGGAGGGCCAUUCUAGAGGGUACACAGCUUCAUCAUGGCAUACCUGAUUCCAACAACAUGGACCCCUACCACAGGUUGAUAUGGGAGGUGUGGAUUCCAGUCCUCCGGGGCUGUGUAGUUCAGUGGCAGCCCAGGAACGUAGCUUCAAUGGUGGACUGCAUGGAUUGCUGGGCCCCGGUGAUACCUCACUGGAUCCUGGACUAUGUCUUGGAGCAGCUUAUCUUCCCACGGCUACAGAAAGAGGUGGAUAGCUGGAACCCCCUGACAGACACAGUACCAAUCCACUCGUGGGUCCACCCGUGGCUGCCCCUGAUGCAGGCUCGCCUGGAGCCGCUGUACCCACCCAUCCGCAGCAAGCUGGCCCACGCCCUGCAGCGCUGGCACCCCAGCGACGCCUCUGCCAGGCUCAUCCUGCAGCCCUGGAAGGACGUCUUCACUCCUGGAGCCUGGGAGGCCUUCAUGGUUAAAAACAUUGUCCCCAAGCUCGCUCUGUGUCUAGGGGAGCUUGUGGUGAAUCCCCAUCAGCAGCUGGUUGAGCCAUUCACCUGGGUGAUGGACUGGGAGGGUAUGCUCUCCCUCAGCACCAUGGUGGGACUUCUUGACAAACACUUCUUCAACAAAUGGUUACAGGUAUUGUGUUCCUGGCUCAGUAAUAACCCCAACUAUGAGGAGAUCACCAAGUGGUAUUUGGGAUGGAAGAGUAUGCUCUCAGAGGCACUGCUCAGCCACCCAGUCAUUAAAGAGAAGCUCAAUGAAGCCCUCGACAUCAUGAACAGAGCUGUGGCUUCUGGGUUAGGUGGCUACAUGCAGCCCGGCGCAAGGGAGAACAUCGCGUACCUAACUCAGACAGAAAGGCGGAAGGAUUUCCAGUACGAGGCUCCAGCACAGCAGCAGGAACGCCGUGAGGCAGAGGGUGGAGUCCCCCGACCGCCUGGCACUGCCACCAUGCCCACCUCCAUACCCACCAACUUCAAAGACCUGAUCCAGGCCAAGGCUGAGGAGAAUGGCAUUGUCUUCAUGCCCCUCGUGGGCAAGCGCCACAUGGGCAAGCAGCUAUACACAUUUGGCAGGAUUAUGAUCUACAUUGAGCGGGGGGUGGUUUUUGUCCAGGGCAAAAAGACCUGGGUCCCUACAUCGCUACAGAGUCUCAUUGAUAUGGCCAAGUAAGGGCCUUUUUCAUUUGUAUUUGCUGCUGUAUUUUAUAUAUUUGUAAAACUGAAAUAAAUUUUGGAAAGCUGUUA